AUGUUGCAAAGUGCAUGCAUUCGCACAGAAAAAUCUCCGGUUUUUCGUCGCCGUCAUCGUCAGGGUGUUAGUUCAACGACGACUACGCCAUUUCCGGGUUUUAUUCCUGGUGCCUCGUUUGAUGCCACCGCCCCUUCCAGACGGGAGGCGUUGCAACAGUUCCACCGUCUCGAGAUGAUGUUGGAGGUGGAGGAAAGAUUGCGCGCGGAGGACGGCCUUGUCCAUUCCGACACGGGGGGCGGUUCUGACGAUGGCCGCUCAGAAUGGGGGGACAAAACCGGAGAUAAAUCAAGACUGGAGUCUGCCGCGACGGCCGCUCUGCAUGACGCUCGGGAAGAACUUGCGGGCCGCACAAUACAUGCGGAUCCAUAUUGUGUGGAAAAUGUGUGGUCUGAGGCUCAGCGGGAGUGUCAAGUGGAGGAGGGGCACAGAAUGGGUGAAGAUGAGGCCAUGUUCUCUGCUCGUAAGGGCAUUGAUUUUGAGCCAAGUAAUCUCCUUGAAGCUGAUACCCAUGCGGCUAUCAUGGAGGAUCUUGAAAAGCUGCAUUCUCGCAUUCAACAGGCAAGAGCUCAAAAGUCUCGCCAUUCGUCUCCUCUUGGAGAUGACGCUGAAGGGGCCUCAUCGACCAGUGAAAGCUCCAUCUGUUUAACUGAAGAGGUGGAAUUUGACCCAGAACGUUAUGUGGCACCGUUGCUACGCCAUUCUGACGUCAUUGACGGUGCAGAGUUGUGGACACCGCAAUUUGGAAUUGAUGGCGGAGGGGUGGUUUGUUUCCGGACUGCUCAUGACAUUUUUUCUGACACCACAACUGUGCAGGAGGCUUUGCAACUCCUGCAGUAUAGUGUGCAUUCGAACCGCCCAGAUGUAGUGGCAUGCGUGCAGCGAUGUCAGGAACACCAGCGGCAGCAUCAACCGAUAACAACAAUACCCAAGCUUCCGACGGGGGAGACAGUGAACCCCCCCAGAAGAAAGAGGAAGGUAGUGAUCCCGGCAACGAACGUGGGUAAACAGCAUGAGGAGGAAGCGAAGCUGUAUAGACCUCUCCCUUCAGAGUCGCCGCCGUCUGCAGAAGAACUGGCGGCGAUUUUGUCCAAGACCCUCCCAGCCAUACCUGACGAAUUAAGGAACGAACUUAUCGAUCAGCGGAGACUCCUUGAGCGACUCGCUGCGGCGCAAGAGGCGAGCUUUCGUCAACUAGCGCGUGAGCAGCAAGAGUCAGCACGGCGACGCAUCAUGGCACCACGUGCCGACACCACCAUGCCACUAAUUGCUCCAUCAAAAUUGCAGUACUCGGAACCGUUUGAGAUUGCUGAGGCACUCCAAAAUCUUCAAGCAGACCCAAAGCGACCGCUUCCUCCUGUCAUAACGAUCUCAACGGUGCGCCCACAGCCAACGAAGAUUCUUCCGCCAUCACCCCCUUUAUUGCCUCCGCAUUACAUUGAAGAAGAGCUGAGGCGGCUUCACCGCCACUAUGAGAAAAUUUUGCGGGACGAGCGUCGAGCAUGGACAGAUAUUAUGCAGAAACAAAAGGCGACUUUUGAGAUGGAAAAGAACGCUGCAGUACAGACACUACGGAGUGCUGCGGAGCAGCGACAAAAUGAAAAUACGGAGGAAAUUAAACGGGUAAUUGCUUUACAAGAAAUAAAACGGCGUCGCUGGCAAUACGCUUCUGAAUCAAAACAGCGUAUAGAAUUCCAGAAAAUGUUAUACAAGACAUUUCCUUUGGGCGAUGUUGGGCAUGGGAAUGGAGGUGGAAAAAUAGGGGUGGCUGCUAGAAUCACGCCAGAUAUUCGUCAGCGGCAAACGGACAUCGCGGAAGGGGUGAAAUUUUUCUCUUCUAAGAAACAAAUCCAUUCGUCAGAAGCAGAGAAGGAGGAGGAAGACGAGAAGAAGAAGAAGAAAGAAAAGAAAAGAGAUUUGAAAAGUCCCUUUGUCCGGGGCCCUUUUUCUGUUGUGCUGCCGGAGGAGCCGGGAGUUGAACCGACUGCAACGGCCCAUGAUGCUUCAUUGGAGCGAGUGGAUGAAGUUGUGAUUUUGUCUGAUGGUGAGGAGAAGAACGGAAUUCAACAAGCGCGUGGGGAGGCAAGUGUCGGCUCACGUGCGCUCACUGAUAAACGACGAAUAGGAUUUUCUUCACCUGCAGGAAAACAGAGAAGGGUCUUAGGACCACAACGCUCACCUUAUGCGGUAUCAUCUAAGCCAUCCCUAUUGAGGGGAACUGCUAAGACUAGUAGUGGUGGCGGUGUUAAAUCUGCUGCUGCUGCUGCUGCUGCUGCUGCUGGCAUGAAACACGCACGUGCCUCGUCACAUUCUCGGGGUGCAAGACCACAACAACGGCUUUUGAGUAAAGGAUCCAAGGAGAGGUCUCCGCAUGCCUUUGCAGUUCAUGACGCUCAAAUUGGCGAUGAACGGAAUUUUUACAACACGACGGAGACGGUUCUCACCGAGUCGGUUCAUUCACUAGAUGCCACUCUAACCCCUCCUCCUGUUGUGGGUGGUACUUCACACCUUCACGAAAACACGCUUGAUAUAGGUGGGAGUAUUGCUGGGCAGGCGGUAUUCCCACGUAGCAUCUUGUUGCUUUCCGAUCCGCUGACAAGUGAAGAAAUGGAGCGGCAGCACAGUCUGGAUUGUGCUUUCAACGCUCUCCUACCACCCCCACCUCAGGCUACUACUAAGGAGGGAGGUGGACAAAUUCAAAGACCAUGUGACAUUUAUUAUUUUGGGGAAGAACACGGUGCCUUGACACCACGCCGACGAGCAAAACUUCGGGCUGCGGAGGCCCAGACACGCAUAGAGGCAAGGCGCCGCCUAGAGCAUAUAAAAGCCCUUUCAUUGACUUCGAAGGGUCAGAAACUCGGGGAGCCUGUACCACAUUCUCCAGAGAGCCAGUUAUUUGAGGCAAGGAGUGAGCAACGCCUGGCGGAUCUUUUGGCCAAUGAGACCAUUCAUAGCAUUAUCGGCGGCGCAGCUGAGGAAAGCUUAAUUGCGGAUUUGUUUAAAGGGCUUGAAGAUGAGCUGGUGAGCGCCGAGUUGCGCCGUCUCGCAUUCAAGAAUCUGAAGCAGAGAGAUGAAAGUGGAAAAGAGCAGAAACUGAAGGAAGAAGAGUACGAAGGAGAUACGAAGCCACCUGACAUGGUAUCGAUGGAACGAGCUGUAGCAACUGCAAAAAUUUUUGAUGCCCCUAUCAAUGAGGAAAUUUCUUUGGAGGAGACAGUCUUACGCCUUCUUGAAGAGUCUUUGUUGCAUUCUCUUUUACAAGAGAAAUCGGACGAAAAGGAGGAGGAGAAGACGAUCGAUAAUGAGAACACAGAGGGAGGGGAGGCGACGACGGUAUCCUCUCAAAGAGGACAAACAGUAUUGAUGUCGGACGGAGCAUACGAGACGGAGACGGGCCCGUUGUGGGUGCGUGAGGUUGUUUCAGCCACCACAGAUCCUCUAUGGCAUGGAGCAGAGGAAGAGGUGAAUCCGCCCCGUGAGUCGUCCAUUCAGGCGACGACAAUGGUGAGCAGUGAAGAAUAUGCUCCAGUACUAUCAGCACCACCACUGUCAGCACCACCAACAAAAAAAAAGGCACCGUUGACGCCUGCUUCUACUGCGCAGAUGGGCGUUGUUAUUACGAUGGAGGGAGCGACAGGCAAUGUUGUACCGGAUACCGCUGGUACCGUUCGUAUUGUUCUCGAUAUUGCACCUGUCAUGGAGCACCUCACUGCGAUUGCACCACUGGAUGCGGUGCAACCUACACGCCCCGCACAAGUUGAUGCUAUUUUGAGAGAAGACCCUCGAUUGCCGUGCGCCAAAGAGGAAGAACUAAUUUCUUGUGAGGUUGUGGAUGCUCCAACUAUCACAGGCACCCAUCGGUUAACGGUGAGUACGGAGGUAAAAAGGGACGAAAUGCAGGAGGUGAGGCCGCCUCUUCUUGUUUCUGAUAUUCAACUCGGAGAGUCUCAUCCACCCGUGCUGACCAAAGAGGAGAAGACGAAUGUUCCGCAGCCGUCCCCUCUUCCUCUACAGGGUUAUGUGACAGUGGCAGAAGUUCCCAAGGCACGUCAGUCGCAGCAUAUUGAGAUUGAGCGUCAAAAGGAAUGUGCUCGAUUGUGUGAUAAUGAGCUGAUUCAACGACAGAUGCUGGAAGAACAAGAGGAUACACUGCGAGCCUCCUGGCACAUGAUGUGGGACUGGCAACAGAUGAAUGUUGCGAUGCUAAUUCAGCAUCAAUAUCAAAAAAAACCAUGCGAUGUGGCGUCACAACCCGUUUCUGCCGCCGUGCCUUUUACAGAGACGCAAACAGUGAACAAGGUGGAGCCGAGUGUUAAUAACGUUUUGACGCCAGCGCCGUUGGACUCUACAAUUCGUGAUCCCAUCACGAGAUUUAUCUUUGAGUGGAUGCACGAUUAUGACGAAAAGAAGAAGGAGGAAACAGCACGAAAUAGGCUUGUGGAAUUGCCUCACGAGGCAAGUUGCGUGCCCGAGGGAAAAAUAUUGCAAGAACGAAGUAGCGGCACGUGCACCACUGGGACGGAAGUGCGUCGGCGGUUACUGUUCGAUAUCGACAACGCGGAGUCGUCCUCGUGGCUUUCUUCAACGCACCUGAGCAGUUUUGUUGAGGAUGGUUUCCCGCGCUUCGCAAAUCGUCCACAACCAAGGGUGGCACAGCCACAGCGCAAAUACCGACGCAGUGGUGAUGAAAAUGUUUCAUCUGAAACGACCGAGACUACACGCUACACUAACUCCUCUUCGAUGUUGUGGCUUGCGCAAGAGGCCUGGAGUCGUGGGGUUUCUCCGCCACCCGUUUUCCCUACAGCGGCAGUGGGCAACGCCACAAGCACAACGGUGACGACGUCCAGUUCCAGUCGUACAUGGCCUUCGACGAGCUCUUCAGAGAAGCCACACCUUCGGGAAACCAUGCUGCGUCACCUCCGCCGAAUACAGUCGUCGGAUCCGUAUCAGCAGGGAGAACAGGAGAGCCAAAGGGAAGAAUACCCCUCUGUGGAAGAGCUGAGGAAGGAGGUGGAAAGGGUUCAGGCUGCCGAGCAAAGAGCUGCCACACAUGAUGCUAGUCGUUUGGAAGGAGCAAAUCAAGAGUCACGCCACACGGAGAACUUUGUUGCUUUGCUACCAUUGCUUCAGCGUCCUCAAAGUUGGUAG